AUGCUGGAGAAGGGGGCGGAGGGAGGUCGGAGGCUCCAGCCGCCCUCGACCGAUGCGCCCAUUCACCCUUACGUCACGCCUAAAGAAGCCGAGUCGUCGAGAGAAGAUUGGCAGUCCAUCCUCGGAUCCCUCUCCGCUCGGUUCCAGGAUCCUCUCGCUUCUCUCUCCAUCGCCUUUCGGCCCUACGUCCGAUACGGCACGACCAUCUUCGACGUCGAAUUCGCGGAGGGAUUCCAACUCUCCUCGGGAACAAGGGCGAUCGUCCGGAAGACAGGGUCCCUAGAUGUCAGCUUUCCUGGUCUAUUUCGCUACGUCCUCUCCCCCGAAUCCCCCGAGGAGUUGAAGGCGAAGACCGGGACCCACGGCCCCAGGCUUCCUCCCUCGGGGAGAAACCCAUCCUCGUCACUCCUCCUCUCGAGGCUCUUCGCCACGGAGGGCGGAAGUGCUUCGGUGGGAGGGGCCGAGGAUGCCUUGCGAUCGCCGCAGUUGUUUACCUUCGUUCCAAUAUAA